GGUCCUCUGUUUGCACUCUCCCCUCCCGACACCAGCUCUCCCAGCACUUCCCUGCCUCCAGCAGCGCUGCCAGGGCCACAAGCAAUGGGGGCGCAGGCCUGGAGCGGGCCCCGGCCAGCCAGGAGGACCUGGGAGCAGAGCGGGGUAUGACGGACGACAUCUUCGACACCAGCUACCAUGAGAAGGAGGGCCCCAAGCCCGCCCGGCGCUACGUCUGGAGGAACAUCGUCCUCAUGAGCCUGCUGCACGCAGGGGCCUUGUACGGCCUGUGGCUGGCGCCUGCCGCCAAACCGCUCACCAUGGAAUGGGGUAAGCAGGGGGGCGCCCUCUCCCGGCCAGCCCCCAGGGCACAAGAGGGGCCAGUCCUUGCUGUGCUUCCCCAGGCCCCCUGCUGCAAAGCGAGACCUGCGCUGACAUUACGCGAGGUGCCUGGGGGCCUGUCGGGCUGGUUCCCUCCCAGCCAGCACCAGGCCUGCUGCCCGCUGAAUCCUGUUGCUGCUGGGAGACCCACACGCCCCGGGGGGACCCCACUGGCUCUGCAGAGCUGUGGGAUCCAGCGCCCAUGCCGCCUUCCCUGCCGCUUCUGGGACCCCAGUCCCGUCGGGUUCCUGUGUUUCUUGCUGAGCUUCCUGGGGGUCACCGCGGGCGCCCAUCGUCUCUGGAGCCAUCGGUCCUACAAAGCCAGCCUGCCCCUGCGGCUUCGGGUCUUUCUGGCCUUCCCCACCUCCUGGGCUUUCCAGAACGACAUCUACGAGUGGGCCCGGGAUCACCGCGUCCACCACAAGUUCUCCGAGACCAAUGCCGACCCCCACAACGCCACGCGGGGCUUUUUCUUCUCCCACAUCGGCUGGCUGCUGGUGCGCAAGCACCCCGACGUCCUGGAGAAGGGCAGCAAGCUGGAGCUGGCCGACCUGAAGGCCGACAAAGUGGUGAUGUUCCAGAGGAGGUUUUACAAGCCUUCCGUGGUGGUUAUGUGCUUCCUGCUGCCCACCCUGGUGCCCUGGUGCUGCUGGGGGGAGUCUCUGUGCAACAGCUUCUUCCUCCCCGCCAUCCUGCGCUACGUGCUGGUGCUGAACGCCUCCUGGCUGGUGAACAGCGCCGCGCACAUGUUCGGCAACCGGCCCUACGACCGGACCAUCAACCCCCGGGAGAACCGCUUGGUCACGCUGGGGGCCUUAGGGGAAGGGUUCCACAACUACCACCACACCUUCCCCUACGACUACGCCACCAGCGAGUUCGGCUGGCACUACAACUUCACCACGGCCUUCAUCGACCUCAUGUGCCUGCUGGGGCUGGCCAGCGACCGCAAGAAGGUCUCCAGGGAGGUCGUCCUGGCUCGGAAGAUUCGUACCGGCGACGGGAGCCACAAGACUGGCUGAGGGCCCGUACCCCGCCCCUGCCCUCCCCUCCCCCCGCAAGCUGGGCGCAGGGUUUCUGUUCUAGUUACUAACAACUGAGCUGUCUCAGGCGCCGAUGGAUUUUAACCGCCUCCCGCACGGCGUCUGAAACGAUGCACGUCCGGCCCGUAGCUGCCCCCUCCCCCCGCCGCUCGUUCCACCUCCGGCUUUCCUCCAGGCUUCGUUCGCUCCCCGGCUCUGCCUCUGGGCAGGGAGCUGGCGACAGCCGGGCUGGAGGAGAGGGGAGCCAGUACCAGCCGGCCAAAGUCAGGGUGUCUCUAGAAACUCUCCAUGCCCCCCCGCCCCGGGCUGCUGACCCUGAGUGGGGCCCAAGCAGCACAGGCCUCUGCCAGGGACAGCAGCCAUGUCCCCGUCCUCGCUAGCAACAGGGGGCCAGGCUGUCCGUGGGCCCGCUGUAGGCACAGGCAGGUGCUGCAGGGCUGGGACCAGCGACCCGCCAGCUGCAGAACAUGGCGACAGGGCGCUCGCCAGCUGCCUUCUUGCCUUGCUGGCGCUUCUGGGACCGACUCGGGCUGGGCAGCGGGAGGCCAGGCCAUCCUGGGAGAUGAGGGGCGUGCUCCAUGACACUGGCUGGGGCCCGGAGGCGUGGAGCCCUGGCUGGCAUUUCCCAGGAAGCCGGGGGGCAGGCGUGGGAAGGCGGCGGCACGGAGCCCCGGGAGCCUGGUGUCGAUGCAGACGGGCUCCCUGCAGCCAGUUCCCACCUACCUGCUAGAAUCUGACACCAAACCAAGGGCCGUGGAGAGGGGAAAACCGGAGAAAGUUCGAGGGGCCCAGCCCAGAUGCUGUGGGAUCUCUUCCCUCCUCUCCCCCAUACCUGGGGGGAGCCACCUCUGCUGGGCAGCUCCAGGCUGGGCAUGGAGCCAUGGGCAGGGGCUCAGUCACCCCCCAAAGUAAAUCAGAUGCUGGGGGGCUAAAGCAUCUUGCGUGUGCCGCUGCUGGGGCCCAUAACGCCCCCAGCCCUGCGGGGUGAGAGCAGGCCGGCUGGGGGCCGGGCUGCAGACAGGCCCGUCCCGGCCGGCCCCAGGUGCCCGCUGCCCAGCACUGGGCAGGGAUGGGGCCUGGUCUCGCUGCUCGGGACAGAACUGCCCAGAGGCUUCUGCCAAGCCGGCUGCGCUGGCGGCCGCCCAGGCAACGGCCCGCAGUUCUUCCCACGCGCAUGAUCUGGCAAGCUGCGUGAUGUAACCUGCCGAUCAGCUGCGUGACCCAACAGGCAGCAGCCCCGGGAGGAAAGCAGGGAGUCCUGGGCGCUGCCGCGGAGCAGCCCCAGCAAGCGGAGCGGAAGUAACCAAACAGGACUGCUGUUGGGCGGGAGCUUGGCGUGCAUCUCUGGUGCCUUACGCCCUUCACUAUACAUAGGAGUAUGACAGCUAGUUGCAGGGUGUUAUUUUUCUUUCUCUGAUGUAUUAUGGAAACUUAAUUAUUAAUUAUUUAAUUGCCAUCGUGGCGAUGUGGGUGCUUCUGAAUGGACUGAGUUAAUUUGCUGGAUGAAGGAAUUGUUGCAUCACUGUCAACAGGCCCUUGUUUGCUUUGCAUUUUCCUUCUGUGGCAUGUUGGCCUCCUAGGUGCGUUCUCUGGGUGUAGCUAAAGUGCGGCAGGGCGAGAGGUGGGCGUAGACAAAGCACCUGCAUGCCUGUGGCUGGAGCAGCAGGCUUCCAAAGCUUUGCCACUGACUCAGUGUGAGGUCUAAGUCCAGUCACUUAACCUCUGCUUCCCUCUCUGAAACUAAUACUUGUGAAGCCUUGUGAGAUCCGGCUGUGGAAGGCCUGGUGUGCACGUGAGGGGUGGUGGUGGUAGCAAAUGACGGGCUUGUAAACAGGAUUAUCAGCCCCUCUGGUAUCCUGGGGACGGGACUUGUGGGUGUUGGCUAAGUAGCAAAGGGUUGGACGGCUGAGUCUGUGCAUUGUCUAAGCUGUGUUGCUAUUGAAAUGUAUGUGUGGGAUGCAGUGUCCCCGCAUUGGAGGCUCUCCAUGUUUUGUCUACUGAAAAUGUUUUGAAAUAAUUUCUACUAAUCUGACUCAGGCGGCGGAUUGUGCUGACCUGAACCGGUAUCUGUUCGUAAUAAAAGUUUCCUUUACAACUCGA